AUGGCCGACAGGGUCCCUUUUGACCACAAUUACUACAUUGUGGAGUGUAAGGAAGAAACAAAUGCUAGCGCCCAGGCAGGGGCCGUGGCCUCCACCUCCUCAACCGAGGAGGCCCCAGGGGCUGUGGCGGUGGCCCAGCCAGGGGUGGUGAGCAGCCAUGACAAUCAAGGAGCCGUAGGCAGUGCCACUGUCAAGGAGAAUGAGAGCGACUCCUCCUCUUCCUCCUCUUCCUCCUCGAGUGGGAGCGACUCCUCUUCCUCCGAGAGUGGGAGUGACUCCUCGGAUGAGAGUGAUGACUCGAGCUCCAGCGACGAGGAUACUUCAGAUACUGAGGAGGAGGCAGCUCCCUCGGUGGCUGCUGCUGUUCCUCCAACUGUUCCUGUUGCCGCUGCUAUUCAGAUUCCGGGGCCAUGUCGCUACCGCCCCCGCCCCCGCCAACAUCGUCGUCGUCGUGGAACCCCAUUCCACUUCACACAGUGGCAGGUCAAGGAAAUGGAAAGCCUGUUUGAAGAGACCCAGUACCCGGAUGUGCUUACAAGAAGAGCACUUGCAAGAACUUUGAAUGUUCCUGAGGUCAAAGUGAAGGUGUGGUUUACCAAUCGGAGAGCAAAGCAGAGGAAGAUUGAGAGACGUGAAAUGCUAAGAAACAUCCCACCUGCUAAUGAAGACUUCAUUUUCAUAACCGAUAUGGAAGAGCCUUCUUAAUGUGCCAUAUUUGGUCAGUAGACAAAGGGCAAAUGGGCAACCUCUGUGUCCAAUGCCAAGCUUACUAUUCAGCAUGCAUGUUAACAAUAAAAGCAUGAAUUUCC